UUGAGCUCCCAUUGGACACAUUCGAUGUCAAUUUGAUGAGGAAUGUUUUCAAGAAUGGAGCCGCAACGUAACAUCUGCAAACUGUGAAGGUGCCGUGUUGAUUUAGACAUAACAGUUUACAUUGAUAGGGAAUCGUGAAGAACUGGUCGUAAAAAUGUAUGGUUUUGUCAAUCACGCCUUGGAACUACUUGUAUUAAGAAAUUAUGGCGAAGACGUGUGGGAAGACAUCAAGAGGGAGGCGCAACUCGAUGUAGAGGGUCAGUUUCUUGUCAGAAUCAUAUAUGAAGAUGCCAAAACAUACGACCUUGUUGCUGCGGCAAGCAAAGUUCUAAAGAUUGAUGCAGGGUGUAUCCUACAGAUGUUUGGGAAGAUGUUUUUUGAGUUUUGCCAAGAAUCAGGGUAUGACACCAUCCUGCGUGUUCUAGGCUCCAAUGUCCGUGAAUUCUUGCAGAAUCUGGAUGCCCUCCACGACCACCUAGGUACCAUCUACCCUGGGAUGAGGGCUCCGUCCUUCCGCUGCACAGACGCGGAGAAGGGCAACAAUCUGAUCCUGCACUACUACUCGGAGAGGGAGGGGCUCCAGGACAUUGUGAUCGGCAUCAUCAAGACGGUGGCCCAACAGAUCCACGGCACAGAAAUAGAAAUGAAGGUGAUCCAGCACAAGGGUGAAGAGUGUGACCACAUCAAGUUCCUGAUCGAGGAGAAGGACUCGGAGGAGGAGGCCUUCUAUGAGGAUCUGGACGGCUUCGAGGAGAACAGCACGCAGGAGACCCGGAUCAGCCCCUACACCUUCUGCAAGGCCUUUCCCUUUCACCUCAUGUUCGACAGGGACCUGAUGCUUACUCAGUGCGGCAACGCUAUCUUCCGUGUGCUGCCGCAGCUCCAGCCGGGCAUCUGUAACCUGCCCUCCGUGUUCUCUCUGGUGCGUCCACACAUAGACUUCAGCUUCCAAGGCAUGCUCUCUCACAUCAACACUGUCUUCGUUCUGCGAAGCAAGGAGGGCCUCUUGAACGUGGAGACUUCGGAGAAUGAGGACGAGCUGACUGGUGCUGAGAUCAGCUGCCUGAGGCUGAAGGGACAGAUGAUCUACCUGCCCGAGGCGGAGAACAUCCUCUUCCUCUGUUCUCCCAGUGUGAUGAACCUGGAUGACCUGACGCGGAGAGGCCUUUACCUGAGCGACAUCCCGCUGCACGAUGCCACACGUGACCUGGUGCUGCUGGGAGAACAGUUCCGUGAGGAGUACAAGCUGACCCAGGAACUGGAGAUCCUGACUGACCGUCUGCAGCACACCCUUCGGGCCCUGGAGGAUGAGAAGAAGAAGACGGACAGAUUGCUCUACUCAGUCCUGCCACCGUCGGUGGCCAAUGAGUUGCGCCACAAGCGUCCAGUCCCGGCCAAACGCUACGACAAUGUGACUAUCCUCUUCAGCGGCAUUGUGGGAUUCAACGCCUUCUGCAGCAAACACGCAUCCGCCGAGGGUGCCAUCAAGAUAGUCAACCUGCUCAACGACGUCUACACCCGAUUUGACAUCCUGACCGACUCGAGAAAGAACCCCUACGUGUACAAGGUGGAGACAGUGGGUGAUAAGUACAUGACGGUCAGUGGGCUGCCAGAACCAUGCACCCACCAUGCUCAGUCUAUCUGCCACCUGGCCCUGGACAUGAUGGAGAUUGCUGGACAGGUCAAAGUGGAUGAAGAGCCAGUACAGAUAACCAUUGGGAUCCACACAGGAGAGGUGGUAACUGGGGUCAUAGGUCAAAGGAUGCCCCGCUACUGCCUGUUUGGAAAUACUGUCAAUCUCACCAGCCGUACCGAAACCACAGGAGAGAAGGGAAAAAUCAACAUUUCAGAAUAUACUUACAGAUGUUUGCAGUCAGCAGAGAAUGCUGACCCCCAGUUUCAUUUGGAGUACCGAGGACCCAUCACCAUGAAAGGCAAGAAGGAGCCCAUGAAUGUGUACUUUCUGUCGCGCAAAAGUACUGAAAGCAUAGUUUGAUCAUAAAAGCAUUCUCCUUUCCCCAGUGGGCAAAAUGCAUAAAGGUGUAAUUUUGGGGUUCUAAUUUGGUUUUAUGGGUUGAAGAGAUGUCAGAUAACCAAAUUAUAACCAAGAGAAGAUGUCCUUUUCUGGUCGUGAAAAAGAGAUGAUAAAAAAACGUUUUACAAUCAGCAUAAAACCAGACCAUGACGUACGCCUGACCAGUUUUGCUCACUGGGUCACUUGUCAGUUUCAAGAAGCUGCUCUAUCUAAAGACAUAAUAAUUUUACCAUCUAGAAAUAUACCUUGUUCUCUCCUUCACCAACAGUUAUUCUUAUUGUUGGUAUGUACAGUUGAAGUUGGAAGUUUACAUACACUCUUAGGUUGAAAUCAUUAAAACUCGUUUUUUAACCACUCCACACAUUUCUUGUUAACAAACUAUAGUUUUGGCAAGUCGGUUAGGACAUCUACUUUGUGCAUGACACAAGGAAUUUUUCCAACAAUUGUUUACAGACAGAUUAUUUCACUUAUAAUUCACUGUAUCACAAUUCCAGUGGGUCAGAAAUUACAUACACUAAGUUGACUGUGCCUUUAAACAGCUUAGAAAAUUCCAGAAAAUUAUGUAAUGGCUUUAGAAGCUUCUGAUAGGCUAAAUUACAUAAUUUCAGUCAAUUGGAGGUGUACCUGUGGAUGUAUUUCAAGGCCUACCUUCAAACUCAGUGCCUCUUUGCUUGACAUCAUGGGGAAAUCAAAAGAAAUCAGCCAAGACCUCAGAUUUUUUUUUUAGACAUCCACAAAUCUGGUUCAUCCUUGGAAGCAAUUUCCAAAUGCCUGUACAAACAAUAGUACGCAAGUAUAAACACCAUGAGACCACGCAGCCGUCAUACCGCUCAGGAAGGAGACGCAUGACCAUCGUUAUGUUUGGAGGAAAAAGGGGGGGGCUUGCAAGCCGACGAACACCAUCCCAACCGUGAAGCACGGGGGUGGCAGCAUCAUGUUGUGGGGGUGCUUUGCUGCAGGAGGGACUGGUGCACUUCACAAACUAGAUGGCAUCAUGAGGUAGGAAAAUUAUGUGGAUAUAUUGAAGCAACAUCUCAAGACAUCGGUCAGGAAGUUAAAGCUUGGUUGCAAAUGGGUCUUACAAAUGGACAAUGACCCCAAGCAAUCUUUCAAAGUUGUGGCAAAAUGGCUUAAGGACAACAAAGUCAAGGUAUUGGAGUGGCCAUCACAAAGCCCUGACCUCAAUCUUGUAGAAAAUUUGUGGGCAGAACUGAAAAAGCGUGUGCGAGCAAGGAGGCCUACAGACCUGACUCAGUUGCACCAGCUCUCAGGAGGAAUGGGCCAACAUUCACCCAACUUAUUGUGGGAAGCUUGUGGAAGGCUACCUGAAACGUUUGAACCAAGUUAAACAAUUUAAAGCCAAUGCUACCAAAAACGAAUUGAGUGUAUGUAAACUUCUGACCCACUGGGAAUGUGAUGAAAGAAAUAAAAGUUGAAAUAAAUCAUUCUCUGUUAUUAUUCUGACAUUUCACAUUCUUAACAUAAAUUGGUGAUCCUAACUGACCUAAAACUGAAUUUUUACUAGGAUUAAAUGUCAGGAAUUGUGAAAUACUGAGUUUAAAUGUAUUUUGCUUAAGUGUAUGUAAACUUCCGACCUCAACUGUAUGUUUGUUUCAAGUGACAAAUAAGGUACAUUUAUAGGUUUAAUUUAGUAUGAUAUGACACAGAUGAAGAACGUAUUUUAUGGAUAUACUGUAGGUUACGGGCACGUAUUGAAAUACAAUGUCAUGUAUUUUUUUUCUCUAUCCAUUCCAGCAUUUGAAGUAGUAUUUUACACUCAAAGUAUUCUGUAUUCUAUGUAUUUAUUCACUGAUGUUGUAUCUGUGCACUGAUUGUAUUUGUUAUUUUAAUUUGUGGUGUAAUAUACAUGUAUAGGCCAAAAUGUAUAGGCCAAAUCAAAAUCUCAGCUGUGAAUUCCAUAUUCUGUAGGACACACUGAACUUUUGGUAUUAUGUAUUAAACACAUUAAAUAUUUCACUUAACCAUCCAAAUACAUUUUAACACCAAUAUGCAGUGUUGUGUAGUAGUGAACUACAUGUAGUUCAACUAGUAAUUUAACUACAUUUUGCAGUAGCUUGGUGGUAGUUGAACUAAAUUCAAAUCUAGGUAGCGUUUUCAGUAGUUAAUUACUUUCUUUGCCAUGUAGUGGUGUAGCUAACUGCUGGAACUAAACACUACUCUUUUUGCAAAAAUAAAAUAAAAUAUGGGUGAGGUAGGCAAUCAUUUCCUUUCUUUUUCGGCCUCAGACCUGCCUAAUUCUCACUUGAAACAGUUUUUGUGUUUAAUAGGCUAAAUUACAUAUUCUGUUAACAUAUGACCCCAAUGUGAUCUGUUCUUGGAAUUUGUAGUCUAUGACAUUUCAGAUUUACGUAUCGUAAUUUUCACGAUUUGUUUCACAUCUCAGUGCUAGAGGCGUCAUUACAGACCUUGGUUUGAUUCCAGGCUGUAUCACAACUGGCCGUGAUUGGGAGUCCCAUAGGGCGGCGCACAAUUGGCCCAGGUUAGGAUUUGCCUUGUUUGAACAAGGUAGUUAACCCACUGUUCCUAGGCCAUCAUUGUAAAUAAGAAUGUGUUCUUAUCUGACUUGCCUAGUUAAGUAAACUAGAUUUUUCUCAAGGGUAGAUUUAGUGUAGCUUAACUUCUUCCAGUGUGAAGUAAUUGGUAGCUUGGUAAACUAUAUUUUCAGAGUAGCUUCCCUAACACUGUCAAUAUGUUGUUCUGUAAGUGUAACAUUUAUUUUGAACUACACUCACCCAAAAAACCUUGUUAAUGUGCAAGUGCCUCACAACGUGGAUGCUAUUGUGCAGGGGCAGACUAUUGUUUCAUUUAUGAUUUUUGUUGAUUAAAAAGAGGCUACCAGA